UUAUGUUAUUAGUGUCUGUCUAUUUAUACCUAGCUUGUUUCUGCUUUUGUUAUCGAGGUUUCAUUUAUGGUCACUGGUUUUUCCGUUUGUGUUUCUUGUUUUGUGUGGACUGCCUGUUGGAUUUUGCCUCUUGCCUGAUGGAUUAUGUUUUUGGAUUGCCCCAUUAAAGCUGCGUUUGGAUCUAACCUUCUUGUCUCUGUGCCAUCCGUGACACAGUGGUUCUCAAACCUGUCCUGGUGGAGCACCAGCCCUGAACAUUUUGAAUGUCUCUCUAUAUCUGACAAAUCCAGUCUCUACUGAUGAUCUCACGAGAUGAAUCAGGUGUGAUAGAUGAAGGAGACAUACAAAAAAGUGCAGGGCUGGGGGUUCUCCAGGAUAGAUUUGAGAACCACUGGGGGAAAACCUACAAUUACACUGAAAAACCCUUUCAAUCAGAAAUCUACAUACAACAAAUAGGGGUUUCCAGAGUCUCCAUCAUGUCACGGGAUGAACGAACGACUCAGAAAGGGAGAUGUGUUUGGUGAUGAUGCAGUGAAGUCAGUGUCAGUGAAGGAGGGAGAUUCAGUCGCUCUAAACACAAAUCUUACUGAAAUGAUGGAUGAUGAUGUGAUUCAGUGGAGAUAUGGAACUAAUAACACUUUAAUAGCUGAAAUCAGUGUACUGGAGGACAGCAUGACUGUAUAUGAUGAUGUUCUUGAUGGGAGAUUCAGAGACAGACUGAAGAUGGAUCAUCAAACUGGAUCUCUGACCAUCACAAACACCACAACUGAACAUUAUGGAGAUUAUAAAUUAAAGAUCAACAGUGCGAGAAAGAGAUUCAGUCUCACUGUCUACAGUGUUCUGCCUGUUCCUGUCAUCAGCAGUAACUCUUCACAAUGUUCUUCAUCAUCAUGUUCAUUGGUGUGUUCAGCUGUGAAUGUGAGUCAUGUGACUCUCUCCUGGUACAAAGGAAACAGUUUAUUGUCCAGCAUCAGUGUGUCUGAUCUCAGCAUCAGUCUCUCUCUACCUCUGGAGGUGGAAAAUCAGGAUAAAAACACCUACAGCUGUGUGCUGAACAAUCCCAUCAGCAACCAGACUCAACAUCUGGACAUCACUCACCUCUGUCACACAUGUGCAGGCUCUGUAUCUCUGAUAGUGCUGAUCUCUGCUUCUGCUGCUGCUGGAUUUCUGUUGGCUGUCACUGCAGUUGGGAUAUUUUACAUGUUCCGAAAAUGUAGGAAAAUUUAUCAAAAAGUUCAGGCUCCUGAAAAAGAGAUCACUUAUGCUGAGCCAACGUUCAACACAAGAAAUGCACACAUAACGAAUGUUACAGAGGAAGGUCAAGUAGAGUAUGCCCAAAUCACCAUGAGAAGAUAAAAUAUCACCAGACUUCAACCUCCUGCUACAGCCUUCCUCCAAGUUCUUUACAACUUGUGGAUGAGAUUUGGGAUUGUUAUUAUCCUGUGAAAAUGAUCCUGACAGGUCUAAAAUAUGAACUUAUAACAACUUUGUACUGCUAAAGGAAGCAUGUAUAGGUUAAAUUAUAGAGGACCCAAUAUUGAGCCUUGAGGAACGCCAGAAGAAAUGACGAAACACCUUAUUUAUUUUAACAAGAAAUGGUAGAUUAGAGAUUGGUCUGUAGUUCCUGAUCACAGAAGAAUCAAGAUUAAUUUACUAAAGCAAUUUCAGUGACAUUAGAAUCAGAACUGGGGAACUCAUAUGUAUUGUGCACAAAGUUUUAAACUAAAUCACAAACACAGAACUGGUCUACAAAACACGCACACAUAUAGACACACUAAUCACAUGGGUAUGGGGAAGUGAAAGUGGCUGAAUAGAAGCAGGGAAAAUAAAGUCAUCUUAAAGAACCACCAGUUUCUAAUUCAAAGCAAAGUGUACGAUAGCUUACACCGAACCUCUGUCUAGUGAAGGAUACGAUACUUGCGUUUGCCUUGGCUGUUGAACGAGAGUCUUGAGAAGUCUCUGAAGAAGGUUGUGAUGGAUCCAUUUGAUGGCUGAAGUUGCAAGCUCUUGAACUUGCAAUGUUAUUCUUGACUCUGUUGUGGUUGAAAGAGUCUUCUCUCCUGAGUGAGCACAUGGUUGAUUGUACAGUGGGACCUUCUGGCUGCAGUGGGACUGAGGACCGCAAACCAGACAUGAAGAUGCAGAGACUGCCGGGAGCGAAGAGAGAGAAAUGUAUGAUGGUUGGCAUUUCAGUGAUGGUGAAUUCAGGGUUGAGUGAAGUCAAAUUCCAAUGUUGUUAGUAUGACUCUUUAUGGUUGAGAGAGUCAUUGCUCACAUGGCUCUAUUUUGAGGCCCUGGCAGACGCAGCCAUACCGGCUCAGGCCCUAGUGAGUUCCCCCACACGAGCAACAACCAGAAGAUGCAGCAGAAGAGAGGGAGGAACAUGUGUGGAUGCUUUAUAAAGUCUGGGAAAGUCACACCAAUGAGAAAGGCUGAAUUUCUAAGCGGGAGAAUUCUCUGUUGGAGGAAUGGUUAGAAUGGCUCUGAUUAAUAUAACAAACACACACUGCCAAAUUUUUUAUAGUUCUAAGAAUUUAGACAUGCUUCUUUUGUCACAUUCUGUUUUUCACCUACUAUAUAGUGUGGAAGUAUGUGAUUUUUGACGUAGCCACUCAGUUUGCAUGAUGCUCACAAAGUGUAUACUCUUCUCAUGUAGCCAAAUUGUAAUGUAAUAUUGUGUCAUAUUUAUCAAAAUACAACUGAUUAAAGAAAUAUAGACCCAGUUUAUUGGUAUGUGAAUAGUACAGGCAUAUGUUGAACUUUAUUCUUUACUUCAAGCUUCUGUAUAAUGCAUUAUUAAAGUAUUUUAAUGGGGUAAUUAUGCCUUGUUAUGCAUCUCAUAACGCAUUGUAUGAUCGCAUGAAUUAUUGUAACUACAUUUACAAUAUGCAUUAUCUUUAGAAAAUGUAAUGCAUUAAAACACACUCACACACAUGACCGCGUCUCUACAGGAAGCAGUUCUUGCUUCCUGUACAUUAUUUUACUCUCUGUCUUUAUUUCUCUGUUUCAGCAAACCUCCACAGUAGAAGUUUAAACACUCUUAAUAAAACACUGAAGUAAACAUAUAUGAUUUAGUAGAAGUCAGCGCUUGAUAUGUACAGAAUGGUCAGAUUUUGUCACUGACAGCUCAGUUUGUGAGUCACAUUGAGCUGCUGAUGUGGUCGGAAUCAUUUACAGCUGAGAAAAAAAAACUGUGGUGUGACCUGUUGGGAGGAAAAACAGCUUGUUCAUAUGUACUGCUAUACUUGUUGUGGUUGCUGUCUGUUUGUGAGUGCAUCUCUGAGGUGUGAAUAAUCUGGGGAUUUCAUUCCUCCUCAUAUGAUGCUCAGAGUCUACAUAAAAACCGCUUCACUGCUGAACUAUGAACACAUUAAUAAAGUACAAAAUGUGUGAAAGAAAAGUGUGUGCUUUCUCUUAGACUGUGAAUGUCAAACUGUGAAAAUAUCAUGUGUCAAAACUUAUAUGCAUCUCUCCAUGACCACAUACAGAUCAGCAGUUCAGCUGUUAUGAGAAGUCAGUUAUUUAUAAGAAGAGCCUCUUGAGAUCACAUCUUCUUUAUUUAAAGUUCAUAUCAUGUUUUUUUUUUUUUUUCUCUCAGUGUCUGGGAGUCAUUUUAAAAAUUAAUAAAAUGUAUGAUUUACUGUUGCACGCAGUCAUGCUGAUGUUCAAUGUUUAAUUAUUACUAUUAUUUAUUUGUUUGUUUGUUUUGG